AUGGGUGGGCAUGCCUUUACUACUGGUGCUACGGAUGGCCCAUCGCCACUAUCGACACCGCGGAUGCCUCCGGACAUCUACUUCGUGCUACGCGAUCAAUACUUGCAGCUUCUCUCAAGCGUUUACACCCAAACUGCAACGCCGAUUGAAGCGCCGGAGAAGGCAUCAUACGGUGACAUUGACAUACUCGUCACUCUUCCAAAAUCCACAUCCACCUCAGCUGAAUCUCUCGCGAAAGUACUAGGAGCCGAGAGGAUAUUUACCAUUCUUGGAUCCCCUACCACAUCCUUUGCUCUCCCGUAUCCCUACUUGCCAAACAACUACGUCCAACUCGACUUACAUCUCUCCCGGCCUGAAACCUUUCACUGGCAGCUUUUCCAUCAGUCCCACGGCGACCUGUGGAGCCUGCUUGGAACGACUAUUCGCCCGUUUGGUCUCACACCCAACGAUGCAGGCCUUCAUGUGCGAAUUCAGGAAAUCGAGGACUUGAACAGGAAAAAGGCUUUGCUGUUCUUGACGUGCGAUCCGGAUGCCGUACUCGAGUUUCUUGGUCUCAACACGGACGCCCACAAGCGCCCUUUUGAGAGCGUCGAGUCAAUGUAUAGAUAUGUCAGCGGAUGCCGAUUUUUCAGCGACGAGAGGUAUGCGAGAGGCGAGCGGAAGGCUAAUGAUCGGAAGAGGAUGGUCCAAAGGGAGUUGUAUAGGGUAUUUAUUGAAGAUUGGCUGCCCGAAAAUGCGCAUUUGGUUGGACAGCAGAAGGAGAAAAACGCACAACUCUCGCGUGAGGGUGUCCUCCAAGAAUCAUUGAGCAGAUUUGGUAAAAGAGAAGAAUAUGAGAAUCGAGUUGAAGAAUGGAGGAAGGAGAGAGAGGAGUUGCUAGCAAAGCAAGAGGGAAGACAAAUACGAAAGGCGGAUGCAGCGGAAGUAGAGGAAUAUGCAUCUGCAUGGAUGAGUUGGCUGAACCGCAGUGCAUGA